AUGGCUCGAGCCGUCCGCUCGCUGCGAGGGAGUAGUCGACUGCAGCCUCGUGUGCGGCGUCGUCGUUCUCAAGCCGUAGGGUCAAAGCGAAUCGCUGGGAGCGCGGGUUACAAGAUGGGUAGAGUGUGUGACGGGACCACUGCGAUGGUGGUCAGUGUAGGCUUGAACACGUUUGCAGAGACUAGGCGGAAAGAGGCUGAGGCGAUCUUCAUAACCUUGGGUGUAUGUAGCCUCCACUCAGAUUUACCUCCCCGAACGUUAUCCCUAGCAGAUUCGUUUGCCACGUCGGAUACACCUUCUUUCGGCCAGCCCAACUCUCAUUAUUCUCAACCGCAACUAAGCUUCGACGACGAUGACGAUACACUCGUCCUCACCAAUGUCGGUCUGUCCAAACGGACAUUGACGAAGCGGAAACCGGGGACCUGUCGAUCAUCAUCGACACCUACUCGCCGACUCGGAUUCAUCGAGUGA